AUGGACUCAUCACUGGACUCUGCCAUGGCCCCCCCUGCACCAGCCAAACGUGGCCGGUCAGACUCCUUUGACGAUGGUGAUGAGGAUGCUCGAUAUGCGAAGAUGUCCAAAGUUGACACAAGCACACUCAAGCGGCCUUCUUCACCGGGACUAGAUCUUGAUCGUUCCAUCAAGAAAGCAAAGGACACGGCUACCGAUUUUCUCUUUGGAAAGGAUGCAUCUAAAGCCCCAUUCAUGAGAUAUGACAACUUUAACAUCUACAACCCCCAAUUUGUCACUUUAGAGUCGAAUGGGGAGUUUGUUCCCAUGGUCCCAGCUCAUCCUCAAUCAGCCUUGAUUGAUCCUGUUACCGGCCUUGUUACUCCACAAAUCACGCCUGAGGAGAAGCUUGGCGAUCCCUUCAACUCUAGCAAUAGGCCAGCAGGGGUGUUAGAGCAGGACCUUGUUCCUGGGCCCCUGUCGAAGAACCCUAUCGACAUUGUGCUCACUGGCGACAUCAGGCUUUUCAACCUCAUUCCAGCCAAGAUUGAGAUAUACCGAACUCUCACUGAGGCGCAGCCAUACACUGAGAUAGUCAGGCCAGCUAAGGGUCGCCUCUCGUUGGGAGAGUUUCUCCCCAGCCUCAAAGAUGGCGUUCUCGAUUCUAUUGUCUUGGACAAUCUGCGCUUUUGUUACGUUGAGGAUUUCGGAGAUCCAUUCUUGCCCUCUGGAGCAUACUUCGAGACAGACAUUGUGUUCCAAGGAGCCAUGCAGCCUGUUUCUGAUGCCCUUCGAGACUUCUUCGGUCAGGAUAAGCCUGCUCUUCAUUUCAGCGCCCAUCUCGGCGCAUACAGGGAUUGGGACGACCCUUGGGAUGUUGUCAACCUGGUCCUAAGUGCCUCUUUGGAUCGCAUCUCUUUUAAAGCUCUCGGCAUCUUCGAAUGGACUAGGCUCGGUGUCGAAGUCUUGGCUUUUGCUGAUGUGGACUGCACCAAGGACGUCAACCCUUGGUCCUUGGGCUUUGGCUUCUUUGGUGAUGUCAAUAUGACAGUUCCAGGAUCGAUUGUACCCCUUCGAGCUACAUAUAGGCUUCGAAAGAUGUUCGAUACGUAUUCUCUCUUGGUCAGGCUUCAAGACGAUGAGUGGAAAGAUGUCUUUGGUAUACGGGGAUUUGACCUGCAGCAGGUCUUGCUAUCCGCCACGCUGAGCAAUCUAUCCUCCGGUGAUAAAACCUUCGCAUUAUCGGUAGAGGCUCAAAUGGUCUGGCACGAGACCACAGUUUCUAUAUCUGGUACCUAUUCCAAAGACCACUACAGCUUGGAGGCAUAUGUCGGUAACCUGGCUCUCGGUGACCUAGAGGGUUUGUUCAAGCAGCUGACUGGAGAGGGAGAACUGGACGUAUUCGACCACGACGUCAAGUUCAAUUCCAUCUAUCUUCAGGUAUCAAGUGAGGGAAUCGUGCUAUCAGGAAGCAUCACCAUCAAUGGUCACUCCAGUGCUGGCGGCUGUGUCACCAUCUCCAAAACGGGUGUCUCCAUCACUGGUGGCGUCUCUGAUGUGUCUUUUGAAGGCUUCGAGAUCCACAAUGCUGAAUUCGAUGUCUUCAUCGGAAGCAAAAAGUCACAGGAGGAUUCAGGAGGACGCUCUACACGCUUUGCUAUAUCCGGAGAUGUAUCUUUCUGUGGCAUUGAUGUUAGAGCUGGUGUCUUUACGCAAAAGGACAAAGAUGGCCCACUGAAAUGGGCUGUUUAUGGAGAAGCAUCCGGUAACUUGAGUACUGCCUCGCUAUGCCCUGUCCUCAAAGACACGUUCUUGGAUGUGACAUUGUCAAACCUGGCGCUCGUUGCCAUGAACCAUGACAUGACAGUCGCUUCCUUCAACAAGCACAACUAUCCUCUAGCUAAGGGUGUCCAAUUCUGCGCAAAGAUCGAGAGCAUACCAGAGUUGGAGAGUCUUCUCAAGGGCAGUGUCAAGGGAACAGUACUCCAGGCUUGCUAUACCGGCGGGAAGUUCAAGCUGAGUCUUAUUCUCCCUGCUGCAAGGACAAUCACCUUUGGGGACCGUGUGUACACCGGGCCUCUGAGCCUUGGGAUUCACCUCGGUGCCAACCCCACGGACAUCUUGCUAGUUCUCAAUGCUGAACUCAACGUUGUUCUCGACACACAGCCGCAUCCCUUGGCAUUUGCUCUUGGCCUCAAAGCCGGGUACAGCGGUGCUUCGGCAUAUGCUCAGAUGAUUACAGACUGGAUAAACCCAUGUGGCAUCGGUAAAGAAGUCGUGAUUCGAGGGGGGGCUCUCGAGUUUGGCAUCAUAUACUCAACAUUCCUCGCAACUGGUAUGCCAGGAGAAAUGGGAUUUGCUGGACAGAUCAACAUCGGGUCCAAAGAGGCCAAGAUGGCCAUGAAACUCAGUCAAAACCCCAAGGAGCAGUUGCUGGCGGCUGCCGUUAAGGAUCUGGGGGUCGCAGAUCUUGUUAAGUUCGCCUCUCUCGUUGCAGAAAAGGAACUUCCUGAGCCGGAUGACUUUCUUCACUUUAAUGAUGUUGAGCUGUAUAUCUCUACUGGCACCAAGAUCGGCUUAACAGAAUACCCCCCUGGCGCCUCCUUGAAGGGCGACAUGACCAUAUUUGGCAAGCGUGCGAAAUUUGAGUGCACUGUAGGUUCCAUGAUCAAGCUAUUGGCCACAAUUGAGGCCUUCAACAUCGGGCCACUCCAGGUCACUGGCGCCACAGGGCCGGAUCCCAUUGUGGACAUUGUGCUUUCUUCUGACAAGCAGACCGUUCUUAUUGAUGGCGCUGUGACUAUCAUGGGGGCAUCUGCUGCUCUUCACCUGGAAGCGAGCUUCUUACCAUCAACCACUUUCGAUUUCUGGGUGGAUCUACGUCUCUCAGAUCUAUUCAUGUUGAAGCUCCAGGCCAAGCUAACGGGAAAAUUCAAUGUGAAAGAUUUAAAAAGUCUAGAAAAGGCAGACUUUGCGGUCAAAGGUGUAAUGGAACAACACAUCAUUGAGUACAUAUCGCAGCAAGUUCAGCAGCAGAUUGAUGUCGCUCAGAAAGCCGCAAAGGAAGGCUUCGAUUCAGUCAAGGCCGAGCUAGAUAGACAAGAAGCAGCUUUCAAGGCAAAAUGCGAUGCGGCGAUUGCAGAGCUAGAGAGAGCUCGCGCCAUAUGGAACGAAAAGCGUGACCGCGUCAAUGGAGAAUUCGAACGCGUCAAGCAAUCGACACAUCAAACAGUCCAGGGCUUGAAGGACAGUGUUGACCGUGCUGAAGCCUCCUGGAAGCAACUCAUCGCGGAAGUAGAGAGGGCUUUAGAAGAGGCGCGAAACGACGCGAAUGCUGCUAUCGGAUCUGCACAGUCUGAUCUCAACCACGCUCAAGAGGAUAGCGACAGAAGCAUUCGGGAGGCUCAGGACGACCUGCAGAGAGCAAGGAAUGAUUUCGACCGAGAGUUUGGCAAUGCGGUCCGGGACAUCGAGAACGCCAGACACGACGUGGAACGAGCUCAAGGUAGUGUCAACGAUGUUAGGUGGUCAAUUGACCGCGUCAACCGAGAGAUUGAUGACACAUCGUGGUACAACUGCGGGGGUCUCUACGCGGAAAGGGCUUCUCUCGAGAUAGCACUCGUGGCCGUAGAUGGGAGCUUAGAAGUCGUCAAGGGCAUCUUACACGCCGCUGAGUGGGUGGUGCAGAGCACUGGCUAUGUCACUGCUGAGGCCACAAUCGGCACUGCCGUUUUCGCACUUGACCGAGUCAGAGACGUCAAAGGCGUAGCUCUCGACGCCGCCAAGCUUGCGUUGGACGGCGUUCGAGAAACGCACAAUCUUGCCAUCGAGGCUGCGUCAGAGGCAGUGUCCGUCGCCAAAACUGCAAGCGAAGAGCUUCAUGUCUUCGAAGCGGCAAAAGGUGCUCUUGAUGCCGGCGAGAGUGUUGCACAGGGGGCCAUCAACACAGCGCAGGACGCAGUAAACGCUCUGGCUUCAUGUACCGAGUUUCUAGCGUUUGACGUGGCCGAGAAGGGCUUGCAGUUUGCUCGAGAUAACACGAGCGAGCUGAAUUUGGCACGGCAUGCGGUUGAGAUUGGUGAAAAGGCAGUGGAUAUCGGAUUAGACAUGGCCAAGUGGGCUGUCGACCAUGCUGGCAAAAUGUUUGACAUCCAGCUGGUCGAGUUUGAGGGGUCUAUCCAAGGCUUGGUAGGUAAUGGCCCUCCCCUCAGGGUCAAGAUAGCAGGUGUUGUGUUUGGUGACUAUUUUGUUUUUGAACUGGUAUGGUCUCCUGGCUUUGAUCUCAUCAAGUUCAUCAAAGAGCUGUUUGCCAAAUUAUGGGAACUAAUUAAAGAUGCUGCGGCCUCGAUAAUGAAGUGA